AUGACUAGAAACAAGAGAGAUAGAAUCAGACCGACCUCAUUUCUUUCAAAAACCUUUGAUAUGGUAAGCCAUGAAGAUUACCAAGACGUUGUAUCCUGAACUGAUGAUGGGAAUUCUUUCGUAAUUAAAGAUGUAAACGAAUUUUCAUCGCGAAUAUUGCCCCUAUAUUUUAGGCAUAAAAACCUAGCCAGCUUCAUAAGACAACUAAACAUGUAUGAUUUCCAUAAAUCUAAAGACUCUGGAGAACAACAAAUCUUUAGUCAUCCGAAUUUUGUGAAGGGGCAAAAAGAUUUACUAGACCAUAUACAUAGAAAAACUUCAGAACUCUCACAAACAAUGGCCAAUACAAUUAAAAGCGCAAACGAGGCCAUAUUAAAUCGAUGUAUUCAGCUACAAUCUCAGCAGGAGCAAAUGCAGAGUACUAUCAAUGUUUUAGAAAAAAAGUACAAAGACGCUAUGGAGAUAAAUCAAAAACUUAUGAUGGACCUAAUAAAUUCAAGAGAAAGGGAACAACAAAUAAUGCAAAUGUUCCUGAAUUUUUCACAAAGUGGGUAUAUGAAUAAUAAUAUUAACUAA